AUGAAGUUCUUUCUAUACUUCCUUUGCUGGAUUUCAUGCUUCGGCGCAGUACACUCUGCGUUGGUGUCCAGCGCUUAUGAGGCGCUUUUCUUUUACUACGCAUACCAAAUUGAUGCCGCUGCUAAAGCUGCAGCCACGGAAGCCAAAGUCGACUGGACAAAGACCGUGGGAAAUGGAUGCAAGGAGGGAGGAUGCACUUUCGGGACAUUUGUGAAAUCUAUUCUGCCCGCAGGUGAUGCUGCAACCCUAACUCCAACUUCUUCCGGGGACACCACUACCCCCGAAAUCUACGAUACUGCACAAGAUAUUAUCAGCAACUGGAAUUACAACGCCAAGAGCCUGGUUUUUAAGAAAAUCAUAUCGGGAAGCGCAAUUACAUGGAAGGAUAUUAUUAUUGCCGUUGUCGACAAGAUUCAGGCUGCUCAGGCUAUCACCCCACAGGCAACUCUUGUCGAAAAAGCCAAAACUGCGCUGCGCUACGCCCAGGCAGCACGCUUGACUGACAUGAUUGGUGAUGUUACCGCCGAUCCUUUGAGUGGACAGAAGACCUUGAAUUUCAAAAGUGAAUUUCCAGACUUCACUUUGAAAUCUAUCGAGCGCGAGCUCGCGACUGAUACUACCGGCUCCGAGAGUCGGUCUAUCACCUAUACGGACCUCGACUACGACGGAAUGACAAGUGAUGAAACGGAAAUGGAGAUGUUUAAGGCAUGGGCGCAGAAAACCCCCCCAAAAGCAGGAAGUUACAGGAGUCAUCGAGGCCUCGCACUGCUGUAUGGAGAAAAGGGGACUUUAUUGGAAACAGGAUGUUCAACUUGA